GGUCAACGGUGGAUUAGUGUACUUGUUCCGUCGCCGCGCACUCCCUGGGACCCUCCCCUCCAUUUCAUUCUCUUGACCCAUGACAGGCGCUCCUUGGACCAUGAAAAUAACCGUCAUAACAAGAUAAAUUGGUCCUUGGCUAGGCUCGAAGUUCUGCUCAGUGUAAUCGAGGUCAUGGAAUUAGCGGAGUUCCUGGUGAAAUGUGAUCUUUGCCCUCCACCUCCAUCGUUCUCUUUACCUCCUUCAAAGGCAAACUCUUCAAAUGCCACCACGACUUCGCAGAAGGGCACAUCGUCGCCCUUCAAGACGCUUACGUGCUGUGAGGAAGAGCUUCAAACGCAAGGCCCCGUGCUAGACGGGCAUCCACAAAUCAAUUCUUCCUUACAUUCGUCUAUUGGGCUGACAGCACUAGCCCCUCAGCAAAGGCUGUAUUCGUUGGCCCAGGAUCAUUUUAUGGUUCAAAGAUUGCAAUUACAACCAAAAAACCCCUUCAAUGGGACGCCUUCCUUUGGCUGUGUCUCAAUAUGGCGUACAGAUGUACAGAACUGGGUUGAGAUCGAUACUGCCGCCUACUUUCUUGUCUCUAGCAAUCAAUAUAUAUUAAUCAAGGCGUCUUCAGCUGUAGAAGAGCUGGAAAGCUUUCAUCGAAUACGGGCGGCCUUAAACACAAACACCCCUUCCCUCAACUUGCCGACAUUGGGCGAAGUCGAUUUAGCUUACCUCGGAGAUGCACCCGACUUAUCACGCUCUCAUACCCUCCAUGAAUUAGUUGCACAGCAAACGAGGAAUGGGG